AAGCCCCGGCCCGAGGGCUUUCGCGAUUACCCAAUUGUCAGAUGAAUUUCUUGAGAAUUCUUAGGUCAGUAAUCUCCGGAGGAGCGAAGAUAAUGUUGGGCUGCAAAUGGUUGCCAUGGACCCGAGUCGCCGGCUUCUUGGAUCAGCAACCGCAGACGUUCUCGUUGCCGGCGCCGAUUCCUCAGUGGCCCCAAGGCACAGGAUUUGGCACUGGGACAAUUAGAUUAGGUGAGCUAGAGGUUUGUGAGAUUGUGAACUUUGAGUUAAUUUGGGGAAGCAACUUGUCAUCUUAUGGUGGUGGUAGGCAAGGUGUUAGCUUCUAUAAACCAACUUGUUUGCCCCAAGGAUUUUUCAACCUUGGGUAUUAUGCACAACCCGACUCAAAACCUUUAAGAGGUUUUGUUCUAGCAGCCCGUGAAGUUUCCAACCCAAAUAAUGUGAAAUGUCUUCCCGCUCUCCGAAAUCCUGAGGAAUAUACAUUAGUUUGGUGCUCAAAUGAUGGGAACGAGUAUGAUUUUGAUGGACCAUCGGGUUUCUUCUGGCUACCACAGCCACCCGAAGGCUAUAAAUCUUUGGGCUUUGUGGUGACCAACAAACCCGCCAAGCCCGAACUAAGUGAAGUCAAAUGCGUCCGAAAUGACCUCACGGAUCUGUGUGAAACCCACCGGGUGAUGCUAAAAACGUACUCAAAAUUUUCUCAAACACCUAUUUUGGUCUGGACCAUGAGACCUUGUCACAGAGGAAUGCAUGGUAGAGGUGUUUCGGUUGGUACAUUUUUUUGCAGUGAGUAUUUGUCCUCAAGAGAAGAGUUAGGGAUUGUUUGCUUGAAGAAUUAUGACCCCAAUCUUCACUCAAUGCCUAAUCUUGAUCAGAUACAUUCACUCAUUAAGCACUAUGGUCCAACCGUCUUCUUCCACCCGGAUGAGGUAUAUCUCCCAUCUUCUGUUUCCUGGUUCUUUGAAAAUGGAGCAUUGCUGUUCAAGAAAGGUGAUGCAAGAGGUGAGACCAUUGAGCCCGAAGGCUCCAAUUUGCCAGCUGGAGGUACAAACGACGGGGAAUAUUGGAUCGAUUUGCCUAAUGACAGCCGUAGAGGUAGAGUCAAGCAUGGUGACAUAGGGAGUGCAAAACUUUACGUUCAUGUAAAGCCAGCCUUGGGUGGCACAUCCACAGACAUAGCAAUGUGGGUAUUUUGUCCCUUCAAUGGGGCAGCUACCCUAAAGGUCGGGGUACUAAGCUUCGGUAUGGGCAAAGUUGGUCAGCAUGUUGGCGAUUGGGAGCACUUCACGCUGAGGCUAAGCAAUUUUACGGGAGAGCUGCAGAGCAUAUACUUCUCGCAGCAUAGCGGGGGCAAAUGGGUAAAUGCACAUGAUCUAGAGUUUAUAGAAGGGAACAAAGCCGUUGUAUACUCGUCGAAACACGGACACGCCAGCUACCCCCAUCGGGGCAUCUACAUCCAGGGGUCCUCGGCACUCGGGAUCGGAAUCAGGAACGAUGCUGCCUGCAGUAACUACCGUGUGGACUCGAGCGUCCGCUAUGAAGUUGUUGCGGCGGAGUAUCUCGGGGACGGUGUCGUGAAGGAGCCGGGUUGGCUGCAGUACAUGAGGGAGUGGGGCCCGACCAUUGUGUACGACUCGAGGAACGAGGUGAACAGAAUCGUCCGCCGUCUGCCCGCGUCACUUCGGUGCUCGGUGCAGAAUGUCGUCAACAUGCUGCCCGUCGAGUUGGGCGGGGAAGCGGGGCCCACCGGGCCGAAGGAGAAGAACAAUUGGGUGGGAGAUGAGAGAUGGUGACUCUCAUAUAGUGUGUGUGUGUGUGUGUGUAGCUCUUCUCCACUGCAUCUCCAUGCAUAUAUCUUCCAUGUUAGGUUAGCCAACUUACAGAGUACAAAUUUUGGUGUAAAUUAUUCCUCAUUUUAGGGCAGUGUUAAGACACCUCAAGUGUGAUCACGAGUAUAUCUAACAAUUUCAUGGUAAAGAAUUUCAUUGUUUACCCCACAUUAAGGUACUCAGUCAUAUUUGGAGCCCUUAAAAAGGUCGAUUUGAUUGGAUUG